AUUCAUCAACAGCUGAUCACAUACAACCGGUGAAUAUUCCGGAUUUUCUCUGCACACAUCAUCUCUCGCUGAAAAAAUUGUCCCAUUAUUGCCUCGUAUUAAAUAAUUAGAUUAAAUUAUUUACGAUUUACUAGAAAAAAAUUCUGAAAAGUGAAUGAAGUGUUGAGUGAUAUUUUUAGUUCAAGAAUUGUUCAGAAUGAUUUAGAAAGGUUUAAAAAUCUGAGAAAGAGGAAAAUGGCUUUGAGGAUGAUUUUACAUGUGGGAAAAUCAGUGCACGAUGAUAUUUUAAUCACUCCAUACGGUGUAACCAAUUAUGUGAAGAGGUUGGAGUCACUGGAGAGAGUUGGAGUGCGAAUGAAUAAAAGGGGAUUCAGUGGAUAUGUCGCCUCGGUUUAUGUUUAUUUGUUAAAAUCCUCUGAAGUCUACAGAGAAUCAGCUGUUAGACUCUUAAAUCAAUUGACCUGGGGAGCAGUUCGGGAUGGGAAACAGCCUGUCGUCCUCCUGAGGCUGAGGAUGCCAAGGAAACAAUUCCUGGAUUACAACUGGGGUGAGAGAGUGACACAAAUGGCAAUGGAAAGGCGAGAGAUCGAUUAUGCUCUGUCCUGGCUGUCAACUCUCGGUGGAGCUUUUUCAGCAAUGGGAGAUCACUUCGCUGACUAUGCUCUAGUAGCUGGUAAAAUAUCAAUGCAGCAGUUCAAGCUGGCUCUUCGUCUGGAAGAUCCAUUUCUAGCCGCUCGAUGCAAGCUCUACGCCGCCCUGAGUCUCAUCCAACAGAACAAAUUAAAAAUUCCUAAGCGGAUAAUACCAGAAAUUUAUAGAUACGCCGUCCAAAACAAAGAUAUCCGCUUGAUGAAAAUGUGUCAGGGCAUCUGGUCGAAGCUGAAGUACCACCAUGAGCUCGAGAAGAACAGGAGAUGAUUAAUCCCUGAGAAAAUUCCUCCAACUCAAUGAAACAUACUGUACAGUUGUAAAUAAUUCAAUUAUACUGGAUCAUUAUUGUAAAGCA